CGUGGACAUAUUCUGGGACCAGCGUUGUGAGAGUUAAAGGUUUCAGGUGCUGAAAUAAUUAAAGGCAAGCUCUGAGGUGCAACGUUAAGUUAGAGAUGAUAGUAUGACUUUCUAUUGUCAGAUGCAUCUAUUGUGUGUAUAAUGUUUGUUGUUUUUUUUCAAAAAGAAGCUUACGUAAAAUGUGAAAAGAGAACAUACUUUUAUGCCACAAACAUUGAUAUUUACAUACGUUUUUUACAUAUCAUCAUCACUCGACAGUCCCUGCUUGUGAGAUGCAUCGGCUGUUUCAGGUCUGGUGGCUGGGCGUCGUCCUGGCUGUACUACCUCUGUGCGACACCUGCUGGAGACCCAUGUAAGUUGAUUGUGGGGACGCAUGCAAGUUGAUUGGAGACCCUUGUAAGUAGAUUGGAGACCCUUGUAAGUUGAUUGUUUGGGACUCAUGCAAGUUGAAUGGAGACCCUUGUAAGUUGAUUGGAGACCCAUGUAAGUUGAUUGGAGACCCCUGUAAGUUGAUUGGAGACCCUUGUAAGUUGAUUGUUUGGGACUCAUGCAAGUUGAAUGGAGACCCUUGUAAGUUGAUUGGAGACCCAUGUAAGUUGAUUGGAGACCCCUGUAAGUUGAUUGGAGACCCUUGUAAGUUGAUUGGAGACCCAUGUAAGUUGAUUGGAGACCCUUGUAAGUUGAUUGGAGACCCUUGUAAGUUGAUUGGAGACCCUUGUAAGUUGAUUGGAGACCCUUGUAAGUUGAUUGGAGACCCUUGUAAGUUGAUUGGAGACCCUUGUAAGUUGAUUGGAUACGUUUUAAAUUGAUUGUUGGAGACCUGUGUAAGUUUUUUGUUGGAGAACUAUAUACAGUGAUUGUUUGAGGCAAAUGUAAGCUGAUUCUUUGAGGCCUAUAUGCAAUUUGAUUUUCGGAGACCUACGUAAGUUGAUUGUUUGGAGACAUAUACUAUGUAAUUUGAAUGUCGGAGACCCGUGUAAGUUUUUGUUGUUGAAUACUCACGUAAGUCGGUUGUUGGAGAAUCAUGUGAUUUGAUUGUAGGAGACCAAUGUAAAUUGACUGUACGAGACCUGCCAAGUUGAUAGUCGGAGACCCAUUCAAGUUGACUUUGUCAUUCAUUUGUAAGAUGCCUGUUGGAUAUAUAUAUAUAUAUUGUAAGUUGACUGGUAACGUGUAGUGUAAAUGUAUCAUAAUGCUUCGUUUCGACGUAAUUGAUGGAGAACAAAGGAAUACAAAGUUAAUGAUGUACAUCAGGCCUGCACAGAGGCGUAGCGAGGGUGUUUGGCGCCCGGGGACAAGAUUCGCGCCCGGGGACAAGAUCCAUUUUAAAGCGCCCCUUUUUUCUUUUUUUCAACUCUCAAACCCAUUAUUUUUACCAAUAAUAUAAUAUCAAAGCACAUUUUAGCGCCCCUGACUAGCUUGCGCCUGGGGACAUCUGUCCCCUCCUGCCACCCCUCGCUACGUUUCUGGGCAUGCACAACUCAAAAUGUAAGGCGAGCCGUAAUACUUUCUAUCAAAUUUUUACCGCCCUCUUCCCCAACCCCAGCCCCUAAAACUCAGUUUUUCCUCGUUUUUCGAAGGGAAAAUCGAGGAAAAUAACUGCGCUAAUUGAGAUUCUUAAAAAAAAAAAAAAUAAUAAAAAAAUCGCCAAGUGCGUUUGGGUCGUAAUAUUGUCUUUUGUUUUUCUGAAAUAGUUGCUGAAAUAAAUCUGCCGUGUGAUAUGAGAAGAUUAAUGUAGUUCAGGGGCGUGAAAAAAUGUGACGUUACGAGCCUUCGGAGCGGGGAGAUGGGGAGCUCGAAUUGGGAUUCUUAUAAAGUGCGUUUCUUGCAUGCAUGUUUUGUCAAAUUUUCAGCCCCACCUCCAUUGCUCUAUAUUACAUUCUACAAAGGGAUUUAUGAGAAAAAUGUUGUUUUUAGUGGUUGUUAUUCUUUUUCUUUUUUUAUAAUAUUUUUUUAAAAUUUGAAAAUUAAAAUUAAGACAAGAAAUUGAAUGCAAAUUUUUUUUUUAAAAAGCCAUUUUGUGACAUUUUGAUAUUAGAAAGAGCCUUGACAUCAUACGACGGUGAUAUUUUGAAAGACAUGUUAAAGGGGCGACCGUCAUAAUUAGGUAUGGUUGAGUGCCAAACAUCUAGCAACACAUUCGAUGUCUCACACAAACCUAUUAUUCCUUUACCUCUACGUGGCGAUGACAAAGGGUCGCGCGGGUUCUGACGGUGUGGGUUCUGACGGUAAGGGUUCUGACAGUGUGGGUUCUGACGGUAAGGGUUCUGACAGUUUGGGUUCUGUCGGUAAGGGUUCUGACAGUGUGGGUUCUGACAGUGUGGGUUCUGACAGUGUGGGUUCUGACGGUAAGGGUUCUGACAGUGUGGGUUCUGACGGUGUAGGUUCUGACGGUGUGGGUCAAAUGUCUUGCAUCCACAGUCAAUGAUUACUUAAUAACAAAACAAACAAAAAACACACCAAAAAAGAAAACCUAUCGUUUCUUUUACAGCCAGGUGGCGAUGACCAAAGGCUCGUGUGGUGUCUGCGGGGACAAUAUCCAGGUGAGCUUCACGGUAAGGAACAAGCUCCAGGUGCCCUACUUUGAAAGCAGGCACACGGUCAGCGACCUGCCGCAGAGGGAGCUCAUUCACUUUCUCGAGAGGGCCGCGGAGAGCAACUCACAGUUCAGGUGUGUGCAUGACGAGCUAACCAGACGUCAGGGGUGCAGAUUGAAUCACGUGCAGCGUUGUGUGUGCAUGUAUGUGCGUGUAUAAGCGUCUUUUUACGUGUAUGUGCGAGUAUGAGCGUUUAUGUUCGAGUAUGUGCGUGUAUAUGUGUGCGUGAGUGUGUAUGUGUAACGCUAAGAGGUUGAAUAUGGUACAAAUGAUCUAAAAUGAUACAUUUAUUAUAUUUAGAGAUAGCCGCAUGAGAAAAAUCUGAGAAUUUGCGUAUUAUUCUAAUUUAUUUUAUUUAACUGUCUUGUAAAAGUGAUCAAAUUCAUGGGUAGCUCAUCGAUAUCUAGUUAAUAAAAGAUUAUGAAGAACUAAUAACUAAGAACAAAUAACUAUGAACAAAUAACUAAUAUUUUCAAUAAAUUGUCAAUGCAUAACAAAUAAACUAUUUUUUUUAAAUGAUACAAGAAUAUGAAGAACUAAUAUUUUUUUAAACAAAUAGUUUGUUAUGCAUUGAUAAUUUAUUGAAAAUAAUGCUUUUAUUUUACAAAUAACUUUUUGAAUCAUGGACUAUGAGUUUGCUGGUAGAAUUUGAUACUUAUCCGCUCCGCUAGCAGGAUCUUAAUUUCCUUAUAAGCCAAUCUUUGUCACUACAAAAAACAAAACCUGGCACAAUAUAUUAUGGAGCAUGAUUGGUCGCUCCGUGUGAUACACGAGCAAGUAAAGGAGUGGCGUAGGAAGGAGUCAAACGAGUCGGUCCACCCCAGGCGUUAUUUUUUUUCUUCUUUCUUUAUAUGAAGGGGCGGCAUUUUCUGCCUACUGCAAGAUUUGUAUUGUGGGAAGGGGGUGUGGGUAAUUCCCCCCCCCCCCUUUUUCAGUCCUCCGGUAGGUAGCACCAACUCUUGUUACGUGACAUCUCCUGGCGUUACGAGCCAUGCAAUAAUCCGUUCAGUUUGUCAAUUACAGCUUCACCGUCGACUACCACCAGGGAAUGGGAUACUUCAUAACCAGGAUGAACGGCCUGGCUGCCUCCGCACCCAAAAAGACUUUCUGGAAGAUGAUCUCCUCCUCCAGUGGAGAAAUGCUUCCUCUGGGUGAGUUGUAGGUAGACCAUCAACCAUAUGGAUUUGUAUCAUUUUUUUUUUACAUUUUUUUUUAUUGUAUGUAGAAUCGAUAGCAAAGCUGGUUCAGCAUAUCAACAUGCUGUCUUCAGAGGAUUCAUGUCAUCGUAGUCUUGUUGCAGUGUUAUUGCAGCUCUUCAAAAAUCGCAUGCUUUGUAAAACAAAACAAAAAGAAAUAGCUCCAUUCCAGUGUCGCUCCCUUAAGUUUGUUAUCGGUAAUAAAAAAAAAAAAGAAAAGAAUAUGACAUUGCCAUUCAGGGGCGAAUGAAAAAAAAAAAAAAGGGGGGGGUUUAUUUUCGGCCAACUGAAGAGUUUUAAAUUGUGGAGACGGGGUGGGGGGGGGGCGAAUAUCUUGGGUCUUCCGCCCCACGUUGGUAGCUGCCCAAGGUACGCCCCUGUUGCCAUUUCAUGGGUAAACUGGAGUGUGGGGUGUGUGAUUGACCGAGGAAUCAACGUUUGGAAACGAUAUAAAUAUCCAAUUUGAAAACCAAACAAAAAACUCUAUGUAUUGUAUUUAUUUCAUCCUCUUCCCCAAACCAACCUUCAGAAUAACAAUAAACACUCCCCCCACGCUUGCAUGAAAAAUAAUUUUGCACAAAAAGCAGAACAUGUAAAUUGCAGUGUCCGGCAAGGAAGGGUGGGGUGGGGGAGGGGGGGGGGUGUUCGUUGUUGCUCCUUUAAAAAUUUAAGUGCGGAGCAGGGGGGGCUUCGUUUUUAUAUUUAAAAAAAAUAAAUAUUUAAAUGGCGCAUUUGCUUUAUAAGUAUUUCACAACAUUUUUUAAAAAUGGCUCUGGGGGGGGAGGGAGGGGGGGGGGGGGGAGGGGGGGGGGUGUUCGUUGUUGCUCCUUUAAAAAUUUAAGUGCGGAGCAGGGGGGUCUUCGUUUUUAUAUUUAAAAAAAAUAAAUAUUUAAAUGACGCAUUUGCUUUAUCAGUAUUUCACAACAUUUUUUAAAAAUUGCUCCGUUUUGUUAAGUCUCAAUUCCUUUGCGCACUGUCCAGGCAAUUAUAGCACAAACUAUAAAAGUAACAAUGCUUUGCACCAGGGAUGGCCAACUCGCUGCCCGCGGACCGCAAGUGGCGCGCAGAGUAAAAACCCCCCCCCCCCCCAAACCAACCGGAUGAUCACAAGUAAACGCAUUGCUUCAUUUAUUUAGCGAUUAUUUUUCAUUAUUGACAAAAAAAGCAAACUUUGAAUUAUAACCACCUUGUCGUUGUACCGGUCCCUCUCAUGGACUGAUUUUUAAAAAAAAAAUGAGUUUCAAAGUAUUAGAAAUCUCAAAUCCUACUUAAAAAUUAUUUUAAAAAAAUUUCAACUGUUGUUCGUCCUUCCCAUAUUACAUGGUGAUAACGCAAGUUGCCUGCCAGUUCUAUUUGUGCCUAGAAAGCUUUCCCGCACGUGGGGCACACGCUGUUUUGGGUCCUAGUAGGAUUUGGGCCAAUUUUGCUUUUUCUUGCCGUGCGCUUUCUUCGGACGUGAGCGGUCCGCUUAUUCUCUGAGGAUUUGUGCUCCGGCAGUGAGUCUGUUGCGUCAGUUUGCACGAUCGGUAUCAAGUGUCUCCCAUAAAUCAAGGUCAAUGAUCAUAAAUUUAAGCGAUAUUUUUAAACAGGCCUUGAAUCUAUUUUUUUUUUUCAACUGAGCGUUUCCCACUGGAGAGUUCACCGAACAUUUAAUCGCUUUGGGAAGUCUGAUCAUCUUGCAUUCUUGUGACAUGCCCCGCCCCCAAUGGCUUUUUAGUGGCUGGUAACAUAAAAGGAUUUAUUUAAACACUGGCUACGCAAAGGAAACCCACAUUUCUUCGUAGGUUUCCUCUGUUGUUUACGUCUAGAAUGAUGCAAAACUCGUUUCAGGUAGGCGCCGAAAUGCAUUUGGAUUCAUUUAACCCAUAGAAUUUAUUUAUGUUCGAGGCGGCGCGAGUAGAUUUGUUAUCGCCUGGGAACUCAUGUGCUGUGAGAGUAAAUAAAUAAUUAUGGUCAUCGUAUACUUGGUCAUUAUUUUCUUUAUCAGGUCCAACGACACCCAUCCCGGGAAGAGAUGACUCGCGAUGAAAGCGGCCCGUUAAGCCUUUUGGGUUGGCACUCGCGACACAAUAACACAAAAUAAUUAAUUAAAUAGAAGCUGUUUUUUCAAAGAAUACUGCAGAUCGAAUAAGAUAAGACUCGUGGCAUGUUGCAAAAAGUGGAAUGAUUGAUUAAGAUGGGGUAAAAGAAACAAUAUACAUCUAUAGGUAACUUAAAACGUAAUUGUCAACGGCUACUUUGUUCCUAGAGCCUUUUCCUCACGCCAGUCCGAUUUAUAUGAAAAAAAAAAUCGUAAUGGGAUGAAUGAUUUUUUCUCAUUUUUUUUCUCCAAUCAACGCUUUUUCCAAAAUUAUAUUUAACCCCACAUGAGGACAUGAGCUUUUUGUUUACUUCAGCCACCUAAGCGUUUGACAGUUUUUAUCCGUAGAAAUGUAAAAAAAAGGCUGAAACAGUGGGGUGGCUAGGGUUAGUGUCACACGAAGAUUACAACACCCCCGUUCCAUGAAAUAAACUCUGAAGUUGGCCGAAAUCUCCACCCCUCUACACACAAUUAAAAAGAAAAACUUUAAAAAACUGCCAUCAAGGGCACCCCCACCCCACCACACGCUGAAAAUGUUUGUUAAUUUCUCGCUAUUUUCCAACAUGCAGGUGUGUCCCAAUAUAUUCCUAAGAACAAGGAGUCGAUUACCUUUGAUUUCACCUCAUGGGCUGCACCGGCUCCCACUCUCGCCAACACUAGCGCUCACUGAGCGGGCAGUAUCGAAUACCCUACCACCGCCAAGAAAGUGAAUGACUGAGGUUAAAGAUUUGUAUAAGAAUUGGGUAAUUUUUAUAUUUACAUCCAUAUAUCGCAGUUCUGUACGGAUCAUUAUGUGAGUCAUCCUCUUAAAACAGUACGCAAGUUUAGAUUUACAUCUUCAAAUGACGGGUUGUCUAUAUUGUAAUAGAAGUUGUUGUUUUUUCAGUUGGGGUAGGGGGGUAGUUGGAAUGAGGGAGGUGACUAUUUCCACAUCACCAGAUCAACUUUGUAAGUAAGCCUUUGUCUAUAGUAUAGUAAAUCCCUGGAUAUUCUGGUCCAUUAUUAUUGUGGACCUCAUUUUUCACAGUGUCAACAUUUAUAUUCUCUCGCUUCCUGUGUUGGCACUUCCGGGCGACAACAAUGUAUAUUUCUUGAGUGGUCUACUGUGCUCUGUUUUUGGGGAUUUCUCCAUUUGUCCUGUGUACUGAAGAAGGCUCUAUGCCGAAACGUCCUAAUCUUUUUGUCCUGUUCUCUAAUUGAAGUUUCCACAUACCUCGUUUUGCUAUUACAAUGAUGUACAUUGUCACGUAAUGUGAGUACUUGUACAAUGUUGCACAUUGUCACGUAAUGUGAGAGCUUGUACAAUGUUGUACAUUGGCAUGUAAUGUGAGAGCUGUACAAUGUUUUAUAUUGUCACGUAAUGUGAGUACUUGUACAAUGUUGUACAUUGUCACGUAAUAUGAGAGCUUGUAUAAUGUUGUACAUUGUCAAGUAAUGUGAGAGCUGUACAAUGUUGUACAUUGUCAUGUAAUGUGAGUACUUGUACAAUAUUGUACAUUGUCACGUAAUGUUAGAGCCUGUACAAUGUUGCACAUUGUGACGAAAUAUGAGAGCUUGUACAAUGUUGUUUAUUAUGACGAAAUGUGGGAGCUUUUACAAUGUUGUAUAUUGUCACGAAAUAUGAGAGCUUGUACAAUGUUGUAUAUUGUCACGUAAUGUGAGAGCUUGUACAAUGUUGUACAUUGUCACUUAAUAUGAGAGCUUGUACAAUGUUGCACAUUGUGACGUAAUAUAAGAGCUUGUACAAUUUUGUUUAUUGUGACGUAAUGUGAGAGCUUGUGCAAUGUUGUAUAUUGUAAUGUAAUGUUAGAGCUUGUACAAUGAUGUACAUUGUCACGUAAUGUGAGAGCUUGUACAAUGUUGUAUAUUGUCACGCAAUGUGAGAACUUGUACAAUGUUGUACAUUGUCACGUAAUGUAAGUACUUGUACAAUGUUGUAUAUUGUCACGUAAUGGGAGUACGUGUACAAUAUUGUACAUUGCCACGUAAUAUGAGAGCUUGUAUAAUAUUGUAUAUUGUCAAGUAAUGUGAGAGCUUGUACAAUGGUGUACAUUGUCACGUAAUGUUAGAGCUUGUACAAUGUUGCACAUUGUGACGUAAUAUGAGAGCUUGUACAAUGUUGUAUAUUGUCACGUAAUGGAAGCUAUUAAAAACUC